UGUGUGUGUGUCUGUAUGCGUUCGCUGCACUGACCCUCCUCUCUUUCCUCCGUCAGCAUGAUGAAGGCCGCUGCGACCUGCACAUGGCUGGGCGACCUCGUGACGGCUCUCAUGGUCACGGAUAUGAUGCUCCAGGAUAACCUGUAUCCUCACUGGGCCACGGGAUUCCGCAGGCUGUACAGGCUGUCUAAUGUUCCGCGAAUCCUCAUUUUCUGGUGCGGUUCGAUCGUCGUGGCGACCGUCGUCAUCUUCCUGAUCGUCUCAGAUUACAUCUCCUGGGACAAACUCAAUCAAGGAUUCGUUGAGACCACAGAGCUGUCAAGAGCGUUCCUUGCGUCCUUCAUCUUGGUGAUGGACCUCCUGAUCGUGAUGCAGGAUUGGGAUUUCCCGCACUUCACCUCGACGAUCGACGUGAACCUGCCCGGCUUCUCCACGCACACUCUGCACUGGCAGUACGCGAAGAUCUCCGUGACCGGCAAGUGGUUCAACUACGGUAUCAUCUUCCUCGUCAUGAUCCUCGACCUGAACAUGUGGAAGAACCAGAUUUUCUACGAGCCUGGACCUUAUGGCCAGUAUAUCGACCCGAUGAGCAGGAAGGUGUACACCGUGGAGGACAGUCGGUUCAUCAGCGACAACAACGAGACGGCGUGGACGUGGGAGGCGCGCGCCGAGAUGAACACCACCACGGGGAAGUCUUACCGGGAACAGGACAUGUGCAUGUACUCACGUUACAUGGGCUACACACUCUCGGUCAAGUGCACUGCGUUCAUCCCGAAUAUCCUUGGCUUGGUCAUGUUGUUCACGCUCGUGUCGCUCUACGGCCGGUUUCCGCCGAACCAGGACGGAACCUACGGAGGGCGACUGAAGAAAAAGAGACGGUCGUCUUGGAGGCGGGAGAGGAAGUCGACCUUAGAGCAACACUAUUAUCGUGACCUUUCAACGGGGAGUCUCAACGAGAAGAGGGCAAUCAAGAUCCUGAAAGGAACCAAGAUGAAGAUCAGCAAGACGACAAAUCUAUAGGCGCGGUUUCUGCCUGCCCGCUUUUGUCGUCUCUGAAAGUCACACUCGACCAACAGCGUAGUGGCCCGGGUUCUCAGAUACACUCCGCUUCGAAUGAAGAACACUUUGUGUCUAGGCUCUCUGUAUUAUUUUCUCUUUGUCUCUCACUUUUCCUCCGAUUUCUGCUCCUCAUACCUCAACCUAUGAGUGUGUGCAGCACUGAUUUACAUUCCGCUGUUGCACACAAAUGUCCCUCUUGGUCUACAGUUUCAUGUAGCCUUGUCCUUUGAGGGAGAAUAGGAAUCCUUCUUGUCUGACGCAUCAU